AUGGAGCGCUCCAGGCUGCCUCUCCAGUCCCUCCUCGGCCUCUUCGGCGCCCUCCUGAUGCUCUCCCCGGAGCUGCUCCUGGGGAUAGCCGGGAGUCUUUCCGACGUGCCUGUCACUGAUCCAGGUGUGCAGGAAGCCCUCGCCUUCGCUGUGGAGCAAUACAACCAGGAGAGACGUGAGUGUGUCAACUAUUUCAAGCAGCUGCGUCUUCUCAAGGCGCUGUCCCAGGAACGAAACUGCUACUUUAUAGUUAGACCUCGCUCACCACCGAAUGAAAUGACCAUGGAAACCAUCGCCUGUGUCUGAUCUGGACCUCCGCAGGACCUCUUCUGCUCAGGCUAAGGAUUCUGAUUGUGUCCAGCAGCCGAGCAACAUCUGGUGUGCAAGCUGGCUUCAGACCAAGCUCUGCUUCUUCUGGCACCGAUCAAGAAUGAGACGGUUUGUUUCAGCCCAAAUUCACAUCUUCUGCGAUUCUGAGAUUGUUCCUUGACAUCCAGGGAGGCCUUUUCCUGCACUUCUCCUCUUUUCUAUCAUUUUCAUCUCUGAGAAGAAUCAAUAUUUUCCUAAUUCAGUUCGUUAAUCUUAAUAAAGCUAUUGUCCUGA